AUGGGAAUAUCAGCUCUAGGGAAACUACUACCACUUGAAGAUGGGACAGCCAAUGCUACCUUCAAGAAUGUACCCAUUACUUCCGAUUCACUUUUAGAGCACUACCGAUCCGACCUCGAGGCUGAUAAACUGCUCGAUAUAGCUGAAGCAAUGUCCCACUUCCAUUCAUACAAUAAGGAGUUGUCGCAGCACAGGAAAAAGCUUGAACCUGUGGGGGCUAUACUCGAAGGAUUUCCCAAGGACUUGAAAGACUUGUCAUCUAGCUUGGUUUCACUCGAACAACAAUCGACCGAAUUAUCCAAAGAUUCACAUACAAACAAAAUGAUCACGCAAAUGCUAGAAAGAACCAUCAACGAAAAAGUGCUACCCCCAGAACUAAUAAGGGACAUAUUGCACGAAGAGUUGUCCAACAAAUAUUUCGAAAAGGUGAAUUACUUACUAGACAAGAUGAAUGAAGAAGAUUCACAGUUGAUCAAGGCAAAAGUGGUUGAGCGGACCCGGGAUUUCGUCAUUUCUCAAAUCCGAGCACUCCGAACAAAGCCUAUUUCGUCACAGGAGGUACAGAAUAAGCUCUUUGCAUGCUCGGACUUGUUUCAUUUCUUGCAAUCGCAGCAACCAAAACUAGGGCAGCAAUUGCAACAAGCCUACCAGAGCACAAUGAGGUGGUACUACAGAAGCAAGUUUGCAAAGUACGUGUAUUCUUUGGAAAAGCUUUCCAGGAGGCACCUCGAAGACACAAUAUUCGACUCUCCCAACUACUUGUCCACAUUCGAGUCGAGAUAUCAAAUACUCUCCAGUGCUGACUCUUGCAUGCCAUCACAAUUGGCAGAGACCAUAACAGUUUCCUAUACAAUCGAGUUUGUUUUUCUCCAACUACUUCGAGCCAUUGCCGACAACUUGACUGUGGAGUAUUUGUUUGUUGUCAGCUUCUUUUACGCGGGGAAUGAAACCAACCAUACCUGGGCGUUGGAUAUGUUUCGAGAUGUAUUUAAAAUGAGCACGGACUUUCUAGCAGUCAUUACCAAUGGAACUGGUGACGUAUACGGCAUAUUGCUUAUAAUAAGAUUGAUUCACAACUUCCAAGAGAAGUUACACGAGAAUCACAUCCCUGCGCUUGACGACCAUCUCAACUCGUUGUUGCUCACCCUCUGGCCCAUAUUUAGCAAAUUGAUUGAUCUCAAUUGUGAUGCAUUGAAGCGAGAAAUACCCAGAACGCCCAAGUCGUUAGUACCGCUUAACGUUACGCAACAGUUUGCCUUGUUUUACCUGGGUUUGCUCCGCUUGUCAUCCAAAGGCGAGCCUUCUGUGACUGCUAUUACAAGAUUGAGAAAUGCUUACGAAAGUAAUCUUACUAAAGCAGCAAAUGCAUUUAAGGGCCACGACAAGGAAACUUUUCUCGAUCGAAACUACUCCCUAGUUUACACGAUUGUGUCGAAUGAGGCAGAAGACUCCACCUCCGAAAUAAACCACUUUGAAAAACUAGCUAGUGUAUACAAAUCAUAA